CGGACGAAGAGGAGCGGCGCACCGGGACCCUGGAUCUGUAUUUUAUAUAUAUAUAAGUAUAUAUUUAUAAAUAUAUAUACAUACACACCCACAGCAGAGAGACCACCACGACAGACCGACAGGCAGGAGAGGAGCAGCAUGGAGCUGUGAGGGCGGACAGGGACCUGCUCCCCAAAAUAACCUCUGGUGAUCUGUUUAUUUGACGCAUCUGCGAGCUUUGCCCCAACAUGGAGACUGCAGGCUGCUGGCUGCUCCUGGCUGCACAUCUCAUCCUCAUCUACCAACCAGCUGAAGGAUAUGCUUACAGAAAUCAGCGCAAGUUCUCAGAAGACAUCGACUGGUCAUACGCAGGAACAUUAAACCAAAACAACUGGGCCAAGAAGUUUCCAUCUUGCAGCAACGCCAAGCAGUCUCCCAUCAACAUCGAGGAGAACCUGGCUCAGGUGAAGCUGCAGUAUCAGAAGUUACAGUUUGAAGGCUGGGAAAGUCUGACAACCGAAAGGACCACCAUCAAGAAUGAUGGCAAGACCGUGGCGGUGGAUGUGGAUGAAGAGUUUUAUGUUACUGGAGGUGGCCUCAGGUCAAAGUUCAAGGUGGGGCGUAUUACGUUCCACUGGGGGCGCUGCAAUGCCUCUUCAUACGGCUCAGAACACAGUCUGGAUGGAGUCAAAUACCCUCUAGAGAUGCAGAUCUACUGUUAUGAGGCUCAAUCCUUCGACUCCUUAGAUGAAGCCAUCAAGGCUGGAGGCAAAAUCACAGCACUCGCUGUGCUGUUUGAGGUGACCACUGAAGACAAUGUGAACUACGCACCAUUCAUAGACAGUAUCCUCAGCGUGAGCAGAUACGGUAAAAGUGCUGAGGUUUCUCCCUUCACCCUCCGAGGCCUCCUACCAAACUCCACGGAGAAAUAUUUCACCUACAACGGCUCUCUGACCACACCGCCCUGCAGCGAGAUUGUUGAGUGGAUCAUCUUCAAGAAGACAGUCGCUAUCUCUGAUGCACAGGACCCUAAUGGGCUCUGCUGCAGUGUUGACUUUGUUGUGUACCCGGAGGGAUGUGACUCACCUGAGCAGGUACAGAAGCAAGCCACGGUCUGCAGUUCAGAGCCAGAGAACAUUCAGGCGGCGCCCUACAAUCUCAGCAGCCUGCUAGUGACGUGGGAGCGGCCGCGGGCAGUGUACGACGCCAGCAUCGAGAAAUAUGCCGUCAGCUACCGACUGGCCAACGCAGAAGAUUCUGUCGCCUCUGAGUACUUGACUGAUGGCGACCAGGAUGUGGGGGCGAUACUUGAUGACUUGUCAGCCAACACCAGCUACGUGGUCCAGGUGGUGGCGGUCUGCACCAAUGGUCUGUAUGGACGUGUGAGCGACCUGCUGACAGUCGUCAUGCCCGUCGAUGACCCCGAAAACGCACUGGAUCCAGAUUCAGAUGAAUUUGAUGAUGAGAGCAACUAUGAACCAGAUCUGUCCUGGAAUAAACCUGUACAAACCAAGGAUUAUGAUCCAGCCUGGAUUCCUACAAAUUCACCAAAAACCACCACUUCUGGAUCCCUUCUUUUACCUUUGCCUGGCAUUAGAACCACAACUCCAGAGUCAGCUCGAAGGAGAACCAGCACUGAUCCGGUUCCCGCUGUCAGAGCCACGCAGUUUGGUCAGGUCCUGAGCCAAACAGAAGAGACAGCACGUGACAGUACCUCCUCACAGCCACCAGAGGUCACCCUAUCACCAGAAACGAGAGAUUCUGACUUGAGUGACAAUGCUCCUAUUUACACCACUGCCACAGCAACAGCCAAGAAAUUCUUCAUUUCCACUCCCACUACUCCUUCAUACUCAUAUACAAAGACAGAUGGUGGCCUUGGACGCAUCAGUCCAAAAGGCGUUGUUAGUACCACAGCUCCUACAUUUACCAGUGCAAAGACAAAAGCUGGUAAAGGUAUUUCUUUAUACAGCACUACCACAACCACACUAAGGUCUCGUACACGUGAAAUGAGCAGCACGACGUCUUCAUCCUUAAUCCAGGCUGAGACUGACCAAGGCUUGGGGCAUCCCCUAAAUGAAGACACCACCCCAGGCAGCAGAGGUUUUCCAGAGAACCAAAUGUCAACCUCGGAACCUUCCUCAACUGAAGCUGUGACAAGUAUCCCCACAAGUCCCACCAAGCCUCGUUUUUCAUCUACCACGACCUCUGUGCACUUGAGUGCUGUUCUCUUGCAGACGACAAAGUCUGUUUCCAACGGUGAGCGCCCCAUUGUCCUCCCUUCCUCUUCCUCCUCUACCUUCGCCUCCUCCCCUUUGUGUGACACCACGGACCCAGACAAAGCCCCCUCCAACUGCCUGCAUGACCCUCCUUCCUCAUCUUGGCCUGUGUUGUCUGCCUCUGCUCCGGACUCCAAGCAUGCCGCUACCGCACCACUGUCUAGAAAAGACCUGGCUUCCCCUUCAACCCCUAAGCUCACUGCCUCCGCCCUGCCCCACCCCCCUCACUCCUCACACCCCCUGUCUGGUAGGGAGACUGACUCUGUCUCCCCUGGGUCUGAUGAUAUUGAUAGUGAUGGUGAUUUGUUGUCUGGGUCGUCAUUUUCGUCAGGGGACCCCUUAGUUUUCAGGGAUACCCCUCCUGUCCAAACAAUACUGGAUCCGUCCAGCACCACCGUCACUGCUGAGCCAUCUGAAUCCUCCUGGGAACUAUCACUCUCAAAGGUCUCUCUGUCUCUUAGCCCCACCCUUCAGCCUUCGAUUCUUCUUUCUAAUGACUUCACCCUGUCUGGUGGAACACCCGGCUUAUCUCACUCUUUCUCAACUGGGUUUGAGGACUCAAGGUACGCCAUGGGAAGCACCACUGAGUCUUUCCUCCCCGAGGUCAGUGGUGAUGGGUUUUCGUUAGUUAGCGAUAUGGUCACCAUGUGUGACUGUUCCGUGGAGCCGUCUGCAUCCUCGUCCCAGUUGCAUGCGUCUCCUCAUGUCCCCCUGCCGUCUUCAGCCUGGGACUCUGCUAGCUUAGAUCUGUACUCUAGUGUUGGCCUUCCUUCCGCCUCUGGUGUUGGUAUAGAUGACCGUCGCUCUGUGUCGGUUGCGGGUUCUGAUGGUUUGCUCCUAGACCAGCCUCUGUUCUCCCAUAGCGCCAUCUUGCCCUCAUUAUCCUUGUUACACUCCCACCUUCUUCAAGCCACACAUAGUGACCUGCCCGUUUCCGUUGCAGCCACAACUUCUGGUGUCAGGGAUUCCUGGUUCUUGGCGCCAGAUGGGGACUCUGACCUCCAUACCUCUGCCCUCCCUUCCUCACCUACAGCCACCCCCUUCACCCCCACCCCAGAGGGACAGGCGUUAGAUACUAGCAGCAGUGCUUCUGGUUCAGCUCUGUUCCCUGACUCCCAGGAGGGCAUAGAUCAGGAAUGGGACAGGGUUCAAACUUCGGCCUCAGGGGAGAGCACACUCCCAACCAAAAUUGCCAAAACCGUUCCACCAUCUACAACCUCUGCUUCUGGCCAGAUCCCAGAUGAUCUGGAAGAACGCUCCUCAGCGUUCUAUUUUGAAAGUGAGAGUGGCAGUGCCGUCUCCUUGGAGGUAGGAAGCACUGCAGCUCCGACCACUCCUGGUGUAUCCUCGACUUCACCCUGGUCGUUGGGUGGGGAGGAGGAGAGUGGCUCAGGGCAGGUUGAAAGCCUGUUCGACAACGAGACGUCCUCUGACUUCAGUAUCUCCGAGCGAACGGAAAGAGAGUCGGAGGAAGAGGAACCAGUUGCAGACGCUAGCAACAGCAGCCACGAGUCAAGGGUCGGUUCAAUCCGGGAAAGGGAGAGGAAGGCCGUGGUCCCUCUGGCGGUUAUCUCCACCCUCACCAUCAUCGGCCUCGUUGUCCUCAUCAGCAUCCUCAUAUACUGGAGGACCUGUUUUCAGACAGCUCACUUCUACGUCGAUGAGAGCUCAUCACCCAGAGUCAUCGCUGCAGCAUCCACAGCUGUAUUAACAUCUGAUGAGCAGACUGUGUUUCCAGUCAGUGAUUUUGUCAAACACGUCGCUGAACUUCACAACACCCAGGGCUUCCAACAAGAAUUUGAGAUACUGAAGGAGAGCUAUGAGGAGGUGCAGGUGUGCACAGUGGACAUGGGAAUGAACACUGACAGCUCCAACCAUCCUGACAACAAGAACAAGAACAGAUACAGCAACAUCCUGGCCUAUGACCACAGCCGGGUGCGGCUCUCGUCGCAGGCUGAUAAAGACGGAAGGACGAGAGAUUACAUCAACGCAAACUACGUGGAUGGUUUUAAAAAGACCAGGUCGUACAUCGCCGCUCAGGGUCCUCUGAAGUUGAGCACCGAAGACUUCUGGAGAAUGAUUUGGGAGCAAAAAGUUGGCGUCAUCGUCAUGAUCACAAACCUGGUGGAGAAAGGACGAAGGAAGUGUGAUCAGUACUGGCCAACGGAGGUGCAGGAAGAGUACGGCAGCUUCCUGGUGACGGUGAAGAGCAGCAGAGUCCUCGCCUACUACACCCAGAGAACCUUCACCGUCAGGAACACCAACUCCAAAAAGGGCUCCCAGAGAGGUCGGAAUAGUGAACGCACAGUGACGCAGUACCAUUACACCCAGUGGCCCGACAUGGGUGUCCCAGAGUUCGCCCUGCCGCUGCUUAGCUUCGUCCGCAAGUCGUCCAGAGCCAGGACAGAGGACAUGGGGCCGCUGCUGGUGCACUGCAGUGCGGGUGUGGGCCGAACAGGAACCUACAUUGUCCUGGACAGCAUGUUGAAGCAGAUGAGAGACGAAGGCAGCAUCAACAUCACAGGCUUCCUCAAACACAUCCGCACACAGAGGAACUACCUGGUCCAGACAGAGGAACAGUAUGUUUUUAUCCAUGAUGCCUUGGUGGAAGCCAUCUUGUCCGAGGAGACAGAGGUUGUGGCAGCUCACCUGCACAGGUACAUGGACGAGCUGCUGACCCCAGGGGCUGCUGGGAAGACUCGCCUGGACAAACAGUUCAAGCUGGUUUGUCCCUCUGAGGUGAAGCAGUGUGACUAUUCUACAGCUCUGCAGGAAUGCAACCGCUGCAAGAACAGAAACUGCUCUGUGAUACCUGCUGAGAGAUCAAGGGUGCGUCUGUCUACGUCAGCAGGGGAAACAUCGGACUACAUAAAUGCAUCGUACAUCGCAGGUUACAUGCAGAGCAGCGAGUUCAUCAUUACCCAGAAUCCUCUACCUGGGACCAUAAAAGACUUCUGGAGGAUGAUAUGGGACCAUAAUGCCCAGGUUAUUGUGUCACUGCAAGGGGCGUCAACAAUUGGGGCAGAGGAAGAGGAAGAGUUGUGUGUCUUCUGGCCCCGCAAAGGGCAGCCAAUCACAUAUGAGAUGUUCACCAUUACACUGAGGAGCGAGGAUCACAUCUGCCUGGCCAACGAGGACAUGCUGGUGGUCCAGGAGUAUGUGCUGGAAGCUACACAGGACGACUUCGUUCUGGAGGUGAAACACUACCGUGCCCCCUGCUGGCCAAACCCAGACGGUCCUGUCAGUAACACCUUCGAACUGCUCAACCUGGUCAAAGAAGACUGCACCGCCAAGGACAGUCCUACUGUAGUCCAUGAUGAUGUGGGUGGAGUCACAGCAGGAACAUUUUGCACCCUGUUGUCUCUGACUUGCCAGCUGGAGGCUGAAGGUUCAGUCAACAUCUUCCAAGUGGCCAAACUCACAAACCUCAUGAGACCAGGAAUCUUCAGCGACAUUGAGCAGUACCAGUUCCUAUAUAAAGCCAUGCUGAGUCUCAUCGGGACGCAAGAAGAUAAGGAAGUCCUUCAGUCCUCUGACAUCAACGGCACCAUCGUGGUGGGAACUGCCAGCACCGCAGAGAGCCUUGAAUCGCUCGUGUGACUGUCCAAAAAAAUAAAGCACAAAGAACUUUUAACUUCCAGUGAGUGACAGCAUUUGAUCUUUCUUUCUCCAACACCAACUGAUGUACUCCUGAUGCCUCACUGCAGCCACACAAUGAAACAUCCCUGUCAUUCAGGAUUGUGUGGCUGGCACGUACUGAACGAGUUCCUUCUCUGCUGUACCUGGACUCCCUAUGGUUUUGUAAUGUGUGCCUUUUUGUAUUUUUCACCCUGUAUGUCUAACUUUGAUACAAGCUGUAAACUAACUGUCCGAUGUUAUAACACUGUACUGCCCGGAGACGUUUCACUCAACUAACAAACAUUUCCUAAACCUUUGUAUUUAUAGGCUCUGAGCCAAAUGGGAAAAAAAGGGAAAAACUGCAUCUUUUUACAUCAAAUGAGAUAUUUUGCUAGUGUGUCUUUUAUAGAGCUUGUACACUUAAGUUCUCUGUAAAUACCAUUGCAAUAGUAGCAGCAGUGCUAUUGAAUUCAAAUAUUCAAUAAGGGCCUGAAUGAUAAAAAAUAAUAAUAAUAAUAUUAAUCUAAUGUAAAUAAUAUUAUAGUAAUCACCUUGAUGGACCAAAUUUCUAUUUAUACUUUUAGAUUUUUAUAUUUUACCAUUUUUAGUGCAUUCAAAUGUUAUGGUUUCAUUUUAAUUGCGUAGUUGGAGAACAUUAAUGCUUUUAUAUUCUGGAUCUUGUAACAGACUAAAUGUGAUGCAUGGGGUACUGACAUGUUUGUUUUUUUUAGCUGGACAUGAAACACUGCUGGAGUAUUAGCUGUAGCUCAUUAAAUAAGUGA